GAUGAUCAUACAACUAGGGAGAUCUCUAUCGGCCAAGGAAGCAUGGGAUGCAAUUCAUACCGCCUACCACAAUCAAUUGGCUGCUCAAACUUUGUUUCUUCAACAAGAGUACUCUUCUAUGCUCCCACACGUGUUGCCUCAUGCCCUCCCUUGCCUCCUACCUUACCUACCCAUGCUCACCCAUCUGGUUCUACUUGUUCACCACAUGUGCCGAGCAGUCCAGUUGUUGCUGCUUCUUUGCCACCUACUCAUGAUGUCUCUAGCCAUGCAAGUACUUCUUUUGCUACUGCUCCUGUUGAUGCUCCUACUGUUCCGUGCAGUUCCGUUGAAGCUCCUGCUGUUGGGUCCUCUACUUCUUCCACCGCCACUUCAUCUUCCAGUCAUGCCGUGAGUCAUGGUGGUCGAACUCAUACCAUGGUUACUAGGUCCCAAGAUGGCACCCGUAAGAUUCGUGUGCUGCCUUCCUUGCUUGCUACUGAUUAUGCCUUGCACGAGCCGAAAACUUUUAAGGAAGCAAGUGAAGAUCCAAACUGGUGCACAGCUAUGGCCGAAGAAUUUUCAGCUCUUCUCCGCAAUAAUACUUGGAGUUUGGUUCCAUGUCCCCCUGAUGCUAAUGUUGUUGGAUCGAAAUGGGUCUAUCGUAUUAAACAGAAGGUGGAUGGUAGUGUUGAAAGAUUGAAGGCCCGUCUUGUUGCUCAAGGUUACACUCAACAACCCGGUAUUGAUUAUGAUGAAACAUUUAGUCCUGUUGUCAAGCCUAUUACUAUUCGGGUUGUGCUUUCUCUUGCAGUAAUGCGUUCUUGGCCUAUUCAUCAACUUGAUGUCAAGAAUGCUUUUCUUAAUGGUACUUUGUCUGAAACUGUUUACAUGUCUCAGCCGCCUGGUUUUAUUGAUUCCGCUCAUCCAGAUUAUGUUUGUAAGUUACAUCGAGCACUUUAUGGCUUGAAACAGGCUCCUCGGGCAUGGUUUCACAGUGCUCAUUUUAAUGCUACUGGCUUGUUCUUAUCUCAAUCUAAAUAUGUUGCUGACUUGCUUGCUAAGAGUGGUAUGCAUGAUUGUAAGCCUGCCUCCACACCGUUGAGUUCGAAGAUGAAAUUAAUGGUUGAUGAUGGUGCUUUGUAUCAUGAUCCCUCUUUGUAUCAUAGUCUUGUUGGUGCUCUGCAUUACCUUACCUUUACUCGGCCUGAUAUUGCUUUUGCGGUGGGCCAAGUUUGUCAAUUUAUGCAUAAGCCUACUACUUCUCAUUUUCAAGCUGUCAAACGGAUCUUACGAUACUUAAAGGGCACCAUGGAUUAUGGUUUACAACUAUAUCAUCAUUCUUUGCUUUCUUUGCAUAUGUUCACAGAUGCAGAUUGGGCAGGUUGUGUUGAUACUCGCCAAUCUGUUUCUAGCUAUUGUCUUUUUCUGGGCAAUUCUCUUAUUUCUUGGUCAUCUAAGAAACAACACACGGUUGCUCGUUCUAGUGCAGAAGCCGAGUAUCGUGCUCUUGCCAAUGCUACUGCUGAGGUCUUAUGGGUUCGUCAGUUACUUUUUGAGCUUUAUACCUUUCUUCCUACAGCACCGGUGCUAUUUUGUGAUAAUCUUAGUGCUAUCUAUCUUUCUCUUAAUCCCAUUCAGCAUCAGCGCUCUAAGCAUAUUGAGAUUGACAUUCAUUUUGUGAGAGAGAAGAUUGCUUAUGGGAUUUUGUCUAUUCGUCAUGUUUCUUCAUAUUUUCAACGUGCUGAUGUCUUAACCAAGGCUCUUUCUAUGCCUUUGUUUCAUACUCAGAGGGCCAAUUUGAACGUGAUUUGAAUGCCCGCUCAAAUUGAGGGGGGAUGAUAAUGUAUAUAUUAUAGUUGUAUACUUGUAAAGGGUAGUUAGGGUAUUUCCUACAAUAUACCACAUGUAUAAAUACUCUUUUACAAU